ACAACAAGUCAUUUGAAAAUGUGCAAACUUUUAACAGGAUUUUUCUAGGCUAGCUGGCUAUUUGAAUUUACAAAUGAAUCUCAUGUUCAUUGUGAAGUAAUCAAAUUCAUUAUACUUUUAUGCAUAUAAACCAUGCCUUUAAAUUGAGAUAAUUAUAAUGAGAUUUCCAUUUAAAUCGGAUUUAGUUUUUCGUUUAGCUUAGCUAGCUAGCUAUUGGACUUAGAAUUGACUAGCUGGUAGGACAGUAAUUAGGGAAAAUGUUACAAGAAACGUCAUGAGUGAGCUGCGAUGGACCAUGGUGGUAGAAGAACUUCUAAAUCUAACAGAGAAUCUGGAAACCUAUCAUCAUACAGCUAUUCUGUUACCAGUUGUGAUCUUUGGCACAGCACACCUGUGAAAAAGGAAACAAGUAAUGUGGGAGCUUCUGUCGAGGAACCCUCCCCAGUGUCCACCUCAGUUCAACAUGAUGGACAGAAAAUGGCUGGACAGUCAACAAGAAGUUCCAAUGGCCUCAAUUCCACAGACAGCCUUUACACAAGAACCCCCUCCCGGUCUCUGCCCCUCCUGCAGGACAGACAGUCUCUGGGGGAAAUGGAGAGUGCCAUUAUCCUGAGGCAGAGGCACGAGCUACAAUUGUUGAUUGCUGACCUGAAGGACCGGGACCAGGAACUCAACACAAUGGCUGCAGCCCACCACAAGCAAGUCACAGCCUGGGAACAGGACCGCCAGAGAGUCCUCACUCUGGAGCAGAGGUGUUCCCGUCUGGAGGAUGAACUUAAGAAGCGUAAUGAGGUGAUCAGAGCUGUGACCAAGAGGGUUCAUGUGGUGGAGGCCCGAGAGAAGGAAGGUCAAAGGGAGCACACUUCUACCCUGCAACAGCUCCUCGAGCUGGGCCAGAAACAUCAGAACGCCAUUCAACACUGCCAUGACCUGGAGGAGAAGAACCAGAGCCUAAACUCAACAGUGAUGUCUCUGUCAGCCCAGCUGGGCUCUUUGCAGGUCAGAGAGGAGGAGUUGCGUGCCAUGCUCAGACUCAAGGACACGGAUGUGACGGAAGCAACCAAUCACAUCCUGGACCUGUCUGGGCGUGUGCGGGAAAUGGAGGGGUCGCUUAAGGAGAGCCAUUUGCGGGAGACGAAGGCGCUCAGGGAGGCUGACGAGCUGAAGCGGCGAUACAGAGAUGUGCGCCAUGACAACUCUCGACUCAAAGAGGAGUUGGAGCAGCUGGUGGCAGAGGGCAGUGCCCAGAGAGAGGACGUCAUCCGUCUGAAACAGGAAGGCCAGCUGCUGCGCAGGGAAUUGGCUAUGUCAGGUGACGGGCAGAGCUGGAAGGAUGAGCUGCUGGGAUUGGCUCGUUCCAAACAGGAGCGCACCGAGGCAGAGCUGCACUGUCUUCGCCAGGUGUGUGAGAACCAGCAAAAUGACCUGCAGCUGCUUAAAUUGAACCUGGAGAGCACCCGGGAAGCUCUGACUCAGGCGGAGGGUCAGAGGUCACCCAGCAGCCAAGGGGAGCUUACAUGUGUGCACCUGGAUAGCCCUUCCCCUUCUUCUCGGAGUAGGAGGAGCCUUGGUCACAAGAAGGAUUCCAACUCUCCAGCAGCCACCCAUCAACAAAGUGUUGACAACAGCAACCUGGGAGACAUUUUAACUGUUUUAGAAAAUGAGGACCAGUUUUCCUCCACCAAUCGUCUACAGAGGUUGCUAGCUGAAUCACGUCAGAUGGUGGCUAGCCUGGAACGCACAACCCUACAACCUCUAAGCCCCUCCCACAGCCCAGCAUCCAAUGUUUCCCAGGAAAACCACAGUUGUGACCCAGAAAAACAUAACCACAUCACUCCCCAUCAGUACCUCAACGAGACCCCACCACCCACCCAGACAACAAGGUCCAGUCAGACAAGCAGGCAGGACAGUGAUACUCCACCCAGGAACACUCAGGUCUUCCAGAGGAAUCUGGAAGUGCAAUUGGGGGUGGAGCAUCUACCUGAACAUGCCAGGCCUGGGCAGGACUAGGAAGGGGGAUGAUGGAGGCUAAGGGCUAUUCCUGCUGUAGUCAUUGAGACUGGAGUCCAAUUGCCCUGUUUUACCCUACAUAUGUAAUAUCACCCUAGUCACUUUGAAGAAUAUGCAAAAGACAUUUGGUGUCAAACCUGACAUCUCAUUCUGUUCAAAACAGCGAGACUGCAAUGGCAAGCCAGUUUAUGAAUUGUUUUUUUGGAAACCAAAGGGCUUUCACUACAAGUCAAAUAUUUUAUUGUAUAAACUUUUAUAACUAUUGUUUAAAUUACCUGUAAAACACUUAUUGUGUGACAUGCCCUGUGUUUGGCCCUUCUCAAUACUUGUCAUGAACCAUUUAGGAACUAUGUUCAAAUCUGUGCAUAAGAUGUUAAACCAGUCCUUCAGGCCUGUUGAA